CCGCGCAGCCGAGGCGUUGACGUCAUCGGAGCCCGGUCUCCGCCGCCAUUGGAGUUCGAAGGCUCCUCCGGCUGCCCGAGAGUCUCCUUUGCCUUCUGGCCUCUCCGUUUUUCAAGGGAAGGAGAGGGAGGAAGCGGCGGCGGCAGGGAUUCCAGAAGGCUCGAGGCCAAGAGCCGGGGAAGCGAGAGGAAGGACCGGCGAGCGCGCAACAGCAGCGGCGGCGGCGGGCCUUUUUUCUCCCCCCCCCUCCAUCUCUCCUUGUGUGUGUGGAGGCGAACGAUGUGAGGGAAGAAACGAGCGCGCGCACGGACGAGCCAGCGCGCGUGCGCGCGGCCCUCUCCCCUCCUUCCCUUGACCUAACCCCCCCCGCUCCCCUUUCUCACUCCCCCUCCCACGCACCUCGCGCGUGCGCGUAGGCCUCUUUUUGGAGGGUGGGAGGAGCGGGGGAGGGAGCGCGCGGGCGCUCGUGCCUCGCCCCGCCCCUCCACUCCCCUUCCCACCUCCCAGCCCCCCUCCCCUUUAUUUCAGGGCGCAUGAGAGAUGUCUGCCACUAGCGUUGACCCCCAGAGAGCGAAAGGGCAGGAUAAUAAAGUGCAAAAUGGUUCUCUUCAUCAGAAGGAUACAGUGCAUGACAAUGAUUUUGAGCCUUAUCUUUCUGGACAGUCAAAUCAGAGCAACAGCUAUCCAUCAAUGACUGAUCCCUACCUGUCCAGUUAUUAUCCACCUUCUAUUAGCUUUCCCUACUCUCUGAGUGAAGCCCCCUGGUCAACCGGAGGAGACCCUCCUAUCCCAUACCUUACCACCUAUGGACAGCUGAGUAACGGCGAUCACCACUUCAUGCACGAUGCUGUGUUCGGACAGCCUGGCGGAUUGGGGAACAACAUUUACCCACACCGGUUUAAUUUUUUCCCCGAAAACCCUCCUUUCUCAGCAUGGGGAACGAGCGGCUCUCAGGGGCAGCAGACCCAGAACUCGGCUUAUGGAAGCAGCUACAGUUACCCACCCAGCUCCCUCGGGGGUACCAUCGUGGACGGGCAGACUGGAUUUCAUAACGAUACCUUAAAUAAAGCACCCGGGAUGAAUAGCAUUGAACAGGGAAUGGUCGGACUGAAGAUUGGGGACGUCAACACCUCCGCUGUGAAAACAGUAGGCUCGGUGGUCAACAGCGUCGGGAUGGCGAAUGCGUUGUCUGGCAACAGUGGAUCAAACCUCAACCUGCCCGUGUCGAAGCCAACCUCUUGGGCCGCUAUUGCUAGCAAACCUGCGAAGCCUCAGCCCAAAAUGAAAGCGAAAAGCGGUCCUGUAAUAGGAGGAGCUCUGCCUCCACCGCCUAUUAAACAUAACAUGGACAUAGGUACUUGGGACAAUAAAGGCCCCAUGCCCAAAAUCCCAACUCCUCAACAGCAGAUGCCUUCUCCUCAGUCUAUCCCGCAGCCACAGAUUAUCCAGCCUAUUCCCGCCCAGCCACCCCCACUGACCCAGCUGCCCUACCAGAACCCUCAGCCGCCGCCCCCUCAAAACCGAUGGGUGGCCCCUCGCAACCGCAAUGCAGCUUUUGGCCAAAGCGUAGGAACCAGUAACGAAAGCAACCCGCCCGGGAAUACCCCAGCGAACGCCAUCCCUGGCGGCGGUGGCGAAUCCCACCCUGUCCUUGAAAAACUGAAAGCCGCUCACAGUUACAACCCUAAGGAUUUUGAGUGGAACCUCAGAAAUGGGCGCGUGUUCAUCAUCAAGAGUUACUCGGAGGACGAUAUCCACCGUUCCAUCAAGUACUCCAUUUGGUGUAGCACAGAGCACGGCAACAAACGUUUGGACAGCGCUUUCCGCUCUAUGAAUAGUAAAGGCCCGGUCUAUUUACUCUUCAGCGUCAACGGCAGCGGACAUUUUUGUGGGGUAGCAGAAAUGAAGUCGUCGGUGGACUACGGCACCAGUGCCGGUGUCUGGUCCCAGGACAAAUGGAAGGGGAAGUUUGACGUCAAGUGGAUCUUUGUGAAAGAUGUUCCCAACAACCAGCUUCGACACAUCAGGCUGGAGAACAAUGACAACAAGCCAGUGACAAACUCCCGUGACACUCAGGAGGUGCCCUUAGAAAAAGCGAAGCAAGUGCUUAAAAUUAUUGCUAUGUACAAGCACACAACCUCCAUCUUUGAUGACUUUUCCCAUUACGAAAAGCGCCAGGAGGAGGAAGAAGUGGUACGAAAGGAACGUCAGAAUCAAAAUAAACAAUAAGAAUAAGCAUAUAUGGUUUGCUAUAUAUAUAUACAUAUAUAUAUAUAUAUAUACUAGAACUGAUACUAAAUUUGAUUAUGAAAAAUUGAAUCUUUUUUUUAAAAUGCCUUGGUGCUGUGUAUUCUGGCAUCAGGAGAUUAUAAAGCUUUCAGCUCCAAUAUCUCUUUUUUGCAGGGGAAAUUCAAAUCUUGCAUCUUUUUAAGUACACUGUAGUGGGAGGGGUUGGGUUUUGUUUUUGUUUUUUGUUUGCCCAGCUGAAUAUGCAUUAAGUUGUAAUCUUUUUCUAUGUAAAAUGCUGUAGAAUCCAUUAAUAAAGAUGUUUCUUGUUUUUUUUUUAAAAAAUUUAAGUUGGUUAAACAAGUUCAUCUGCAAUUGAAGAUUUUGAAAAUAUUUAGCGUUUUUUCCAAAGACUUUUAAUUGCAGCACAAAUUAUGUUUCUAAUUUGAAAAGUCAUUGCUUUUAUAUUUACGUACCACAGAUCCCCUUGUCUCACCAUUCCCACAGUCGGUUUGAUUCCUAUGGCAAGUAGAAACACAAAUAUCGGUUGGGGUUUUUAUUUUUAUUUUUUGAGAAAUAACCUGUGUCACAAAACAUUGGCAUUUAAUUUAGCAAGCUCAGGUUAUUUUAUGAAGUUCAAUUUUAUCUAUCACAUUCAUUAUUUUUGAAAAAAUUUUGAAAGUAUACUUCUGCCUGCCUUACAGAAAAUCAAAAAGGCAUUAAUUCACAGGGGUAAUUUCGCAUGCAAGAAGUAUAGAUGGGAUUUCACACAAACACAAUUGUACAUUUUCAUCAUUUGCAGUUAUUAUUAUUUUUUGUGUGGAUAUUGCAUGAGAAAUAUUCCUCAUGGAUUGUACUUUACAUCUUAAAUUAUUUUGUCUAUAAUUGGUGAACAUUAGUGAACAUCUGCUUUGUAUCAUAUCUUGCAAAAAAAAAAAAAGCUGACAAGUUUCCUACCAUAAUUUUUUUUGCUUUAUCUGUAGCUUUUAACCAUUUAAAUUUCAGGGGCUUGGGCGAAAUGUGGCUUUUAAUUUUCCCCCGUUUUUUAAUAUUAUUAAAUUCAUUACUUUUAAUCGAUCCCCCCCCCUCCGUUUCCCCCCACCACUCACUCCCUUGAGGAAGUCACUUUGGGAUUUUAUAUUAAUAAUGGUGAGCUUUAAUCUCGAAUCUUAGUUCAGACUCAUAUGAUGGAUUAUGCUUCAGAUGUUUAAAAUUGAUUGUGUGUGCGUGUGCCUAUUUUUUCUGUUGGAUGAGUAAAAACAACUGUUUUAAGAAAUGAAUCUUCUGUCAUGUUUUUGUGGAAUGAGGAAGCUGUCGGAAGAAGUGGCCACCAACCGGAGUUUUCAAAAAAAAAAAAAAUUUAGCAUGAAUUCUUGGUGCUCAUGCCUGUUGCUCUAGCACAUUGAAUCUGCACGUGUUUAAUUGUAGAGAAUCUUUUACUUAUAUUAGAAAGCAGAUAUCUUCUGAAAAACAAUAUUUACGCAAGAGGACCUCCAAUUUAAAUGAAAGUUUUAAGCUGUAUCAUUUAGACUUGUAUUUAGAACAUAUAGCUUUGUCUGUUACUUCUGAUGUAAGGAGUAAUGGAACAGCAUCAGAUUAACUUUUUCCUCUAGGAGAAUACAAGCCUUAAUAAAUAAUACCUACUUAGCAA